GACGGCGCACCGUACGGCAUAGCAGCAACCGAAUAUGCGACAGCAUGGGCUUGUACAUGGAGCGAUCCCCAGCUCGGCAUACUGACCGAAAAUGACCUGCAGCUUCUCAGACACGUCAAUUGCACAUACCUCUCCUCAGGCAGGCCGCCGACGCUGUUGGCGUUGAAGCAGCACGCCCAGGCCCUCGCGAACCUCAUCAAGAAGAUAUGCAUCAGCGACACGUUUGGUGUCAUUGAUGGAAGGAGAGGUCGACAUCCUGCAUUUCAGAAGAAUGAGGCGUUUGACUGGCUCAACAACCUGGAGGAGGUAUACACAAACGACGAUGAAAAUCAUCACCUACCGCUGGAGGCUCUGGCAAACCACAUUGAGCACCAGGAUGAAGAGACUGGGAUCGAAUGCCAUUGCCCCCUCAAAGUUGCGCGCAACUAUGGGCCCCUGGAUCCUGGAGAGGGCGCCCGCCGACCAUACAGCAGCCAUCACAACCUCGUCAUGCAUGCAAACUCUUGUCUAGAGAUUCUGGAUCACGAAUACAGCGCGACAGGCGGCCUGCUCUCGCUGCUCCCCUCUGGCAACGAAGACGACUGCGAGCAGAUGGCAGGCGUGCGGAAUACGGUGCUGGGACAGUGGCUGCUGCACCAACAGCACCUGGUUGCGCGCAUGCACGAGCUCGAAAUCAACUACGCCAACGCCCUCGAUCUUCUCAAAGGCGAAGCCGUUGUGCCCAUGCAGAUGCUGGGACAGUUUGGCCCAGAAGGACGGGCCAAGGGACGCGAGGCGGUCUAUCCUCAGGACCGGUUCGUCCUUGCCAAUGCGGGAGAAGACGUCUUCAGCCUGCUGCAUCGCCUGAUGGAUAAGGCAGAGUCCGACAUCCAGGCCAAGGAGCAGACCUGGUGGGAGUCUGGAGUCAGCGGCGAGCGCAUGUGGGCAAACACAAAGGGCGGCGACUGGUACUCCCGAGGGCUGGUUCCCAUCGACAUGAUGACGCGGUUCGUGCGUCUCAAGGAUCAGGGAGGAAGAUCGACAAUCUUUAUGCUGCCGGCAAUCGAGCAUCAUCCGGCCACGGCACAAACGCGCAAGAUGGAGAAGCGGCCAACCGUCGUCUCCGUAGUGGCUCCAACCUGGCCGGAGCGAGCGUCAGAGCUCGAGAAGCGCGUCAAGGCUCAUCGCGACGAGGCAAAAGAGCUCGCUCGAGACAAAACGGAGAUGGAGACGCAGAUGGCGACGCUCUGGGCGGAGCUGCGCAGGACGAAGCAGGAGGUCAAAUUCUAUGAGGGCACCUCUGAA